AAUAAGGCUCAACAGGAAACUUCUCAUUUUAGACUAGUCAUGCUAAUCAUAGUCGACUAACUUCCCCCUGCUCCGCAAAAGUAUCUGAACUUCAUAUCAACAUCAUUAUCUCUUCUUUUCUUCCUCCAAAUGCAGCCCCAUUCCCCCCAAUCCAUGUCCUUGUUUUUUCUUUUCAUAGCAAUAAUCCUCGUCCCUGAUUCAACACCUGUAUAUGCCCAAAUUGACAUGAAUUGUAGCCAGAAGUUUGAGUGCGGUAACAUUACAGAUAUUGGAUAUCCUUUCUGGGGAUCAAAUCGACCUCAGUAUUGUGGGCAUCCCGAAUUUGAGCUUAAUUGCACCGGCCAAACUGCAGUCAUCACGAUAGAGGAAUUGACUUACCAAGUGCUCGAAAUCAAUAGCGAGGAAAAGACUCUUAAGGUUGCUAGAACAGAUUACAUAGAUAACAUCUGUCCUAGCAAUCCUGUCAGUACCACUUUGAAUUUCAACUAUUUCAGUUACACUUCGGAUAUUCAGAAUAUAACGUUGUACUACGGUUGUCCCCAAUCAAAUCCAAUGCCAACACUUCAAGAUUUUACCAAUCAGUUUUCUUGUAACGACAGCAACGGUUUCUUUGUGACAAGGAACCUGAGUAACUUGACUGCUGCCCUAAUGACCUACUUCCGAACGUGCGACGUCGAGGUAAUUGUUCCGGCAAACCAAUCAGCUGCUCAAUCAUUAGAGAACAGGCCAAAUCAGGAGAAUUUGGUAAUAGCUCUGGAGCAAGGUUUUGGGUUAGAGUGGAGAGAAAAUUCCACCUGUGAAACGUGUAAUAUAUCGGGUGGACAGUGUGGUUCAAACUCGACUGAUCCUAGUCUAUUUGCUUGUUAUUGCACUAAUGGUCCUGAUCCAUUCAGUUGUGGAAGAUCCCAAUCAUCAGGGAAAAAGCCUAAUAUUCGACUUAUACUUGGAAUAGGACUUGGCGCAGCAGCUGCAGUUCUAACUAUUUGUCUCGGAAUCUACUACUGUUUCACUAGAAGAGUGAGAUUUUUAAGUGACACUAGGUGGAAAAAUGUGAAAAAAGAUGAAAAGAUAGAAAAUUUCAUUCUAAAUUAUCAGUCUUUUAUGCCAAAGCGAUAUUCAUAUUCAGAUAUACAAAGAAUGACCAACUCAUUCAAUCACAAAUUAGGCCAAGGGGGAUUUGGAGGUGUGUAUAAGGGAAAAUUAUUAGAUGGCCGCGUCGUGGCAGUAAAAGUUUUAAGCAAGUCCACAGGUGAUGGAGAAGAAUUCAUCAAUGAAGUAGCAAGUAUUAGUAGAACUUCUCAUAUAAAUGUAGUUACCCUUUUGGGAUUUUGCUAUGAGAGAAGUAAACGAGCUUUGAUCUAUGAAUAUAUGCCUAAUGGAUCUUUAGAUAAGUUCAUAUAUGAUCAAGGAUCUCAGGGUGUCAAUAAACAUCUAGAUUGGAAAACAUUAUAUGAUAUUACAGUUGGCAUUGCUAGAGGUUUAGAGUACUUGCAUCGCGGUUGCAAUACAAGGAUUGUGCAUUUUGACAUAAAACCGCACAAUAUUCUUCUAGACAAAGAUUUUUGUCCUAAAGUCUCUGAUUUCGGCCUUGCAAAGCUAUGCAAGGGAAAAGAAAGUAUAAUCACAAUGUUGGGUGCAAGAGGGACUAUUGGGUAUAUAGCUCCGGAAAUAUUCAUUAGGAACUUUGGAGGUGUUUCUUACAAGUCUGAUGUGUAUAGCUACGGUAUGAUGAUUCUAGAAAUUUGUGGAGGAAGAAACAAGAGUGAUGUUGGAGUAUCUCACAGCGGCGAAGUGUAUUUUCCAGAAUGUAUUUAUAAGUAUAUCGAGUCUGAACAGGUUUCUACACUUCAUGAGAAAAUAACAGACGAGGAAGGAGAGAUGGUGAGAAGGCUAACCAUAGUAGGCCUGUGGUGCAUUCAAACCAACCCAUCAGAUAGACCAUCAAUGACAAAAGUGGUGGAGAUGUUGGAAGGUAGUAGCCUUGAAUCCUUGCAAAUUCCACCAAAGCCUUCCCUAUUCGCCCCAACCACGCCACAACAUUACUCAUCCACAUUAUCAUCAGCACCAGUCACAAAGGGAUGAAGAGAAGGUCUCAUCAGAACUGGAAGUAGCAAACAGUUCAAAUUUUGUUGCCAGUAAUUUAUAACUUGGUCAGUAUUUUCAGUACAACAUCUGUAGUUGGUGGUGGUUAAAAAUGGGAGGCAUCAAUUGAUUUAAAAUAAAAGCUGUAAACAGUGAUCUGCGAUAUUGUAUCAAUGUUAUCAGUAUUUUCAAAGUUUGAACAAGAAGAAAAACUGAAAAGCUCAUGUAAAAACUCAAGCUCUUAAGAUCAAGUACUAGAAACUUUUAAAUGUUACUGUAUUUAAUAAAAUCAGAAGUUUGCAUC